ACCAGCCCACGACACACACAGGAUAACGUGACUUCACACUUCAGCCUCAGUCAGUCAGCCAGCCAGUCGGGUCAGUGGGAGCUCAUGGCCUGAACCAGGCGGGAGGAGAACGUGCAGCCAGGCAGCCCAGGGAGGACUUCUCUUCCACCAGGAGGUCGGGAGGAUGCAGCCGGUGGCCCUGGUAUAUGCAGCUCUGAUGGUGGUCUCCAGUCUGUUCUCUGUGUGUGGUAACGUGGUUCUACUUCUGGUGGUUCUUCUCAACAAGGAGCUCCAUACCGAAACCUGGGCCCUGACCUUGAGCUUCUGCCUGAGUGACCUCGCCCUGGGUCUCUCAACCAUCCCCUUCGGAGCCCACAACAGCCUGCUCAGGCCGCAGGGCUACCCCAGCGACGGGUACCUCUGCCAGGGCAGCGCCUUCCUCUACCUGCUCCUUCAGCUGGGCUCUAUCCACUCCCUGACCUGGGCCACCGUCGACAAGUUCACAGAGAUCUGCUUCGCCCUGAGCUACAGCACCAUCUGCACGGCCAGGAGGACCAGGGUGGUGCUGGUCCUGGUGUGGCUCUACGGCCUGAUCAACGCAGCCUUGCCACUGCUGGGCUUUGGCCGCUACACCUACAGCAGCACCAGGUUCCUGUGUGCCCCCAGCUUCCAGCCAGACUACAGGGGCUUCAGUCUGCUCUUCAUAGUGGUCGGGAUCAUAGCACCCAUACUCAUCAUGUGCUCCAUGUAUGCAUACAUUGUGUAUAUUGCGAGGAAACAGGUGCGCCGAGGGACGUUUGUUUGCAACGACCAGCACUGUUUUUAUGUCCCUGCUAAAAACUACUUCAGGAGCUCCAUAGUGAUGGUGGCAACUGUGGUGUUCCUGCUGGUGUGCUGGCUGCCUUACAUCGCCACCUGUUUCUAUGAGACGUAUAGUGGCCAUGAACCGCCAGCAGCAACCUCAGCCGUAGCCACCUGGCUCGUCCUCUUCACCUCCUCACUCAACCCUUGGAUCAACUCCAUGACGCAGAAGCGGUACAGAGUGGCUCUGCGGAAAAGUUUGAAUAAAAUACGACAGCUGCUUCAGCACCGGCUGAUGAACGCCCACCCACAGAGCAGCGCCAUCCAACUGGAGAUAGUGAGCCAUAAUCACCACCACAUCGCCAAGCCAUCACUCUGGUCAGAUGAUUCCAAGCCAGGUUCACCAGAGACUAGAUCCAUGUCGGAGGUGACCAUGGAGGAUAGUAAAGACACUGGGUACAGUAAGGGCAUUACACUGGACCAGGUCUGUCCCUGUGGAACCAUCUGUUAACAUUACUAGACUAACUACAUACUUGAUUUUAUGGAUCCCAGGAAUCUCUGGAAGACAGUGGCAAUUGUUACUAUCCUGGCUAAAUAAAUACAAAUCAAUGAAUUAAAUGAAAGGUUGGGACUAAUCAACAAGGGAGGACUAUACCAAGGAACACUGUGGCGACAAGAGGCGACAGUCUCCUGUUUGACGAAUGUGAGAUCAUUGUGGUCUUUAGUGGCCAUACACCAAGACUGACAUAGCUAUCCUAUCUGUUCAGUUUCGGAUGAAAAAAGUUUGCUUACAAUUUACAUUGUUUGUUUGAACUACAAUGUUUAAACUACAAUAUUUGAAUUACACUGCCGACUGUGCUAAACUAUUUAUAGACAAACACUGUCAGAGAUGAAGUCAAUCCGUUUACAGUCAAUAAAUAUUCAUCAAAACAAAUAAUACGGAUUCAUAAAAUGACAAUUGUGUUCUUCGUUAAUUAAUAUACCAUGGGCAACACCGAGUCUAAAAUCAUUGACAUCUAGCUACCAGAUUAAAUCUACCAGAUUAGCAUAACUGAAAAUACUGAGUUAGAGUGAAUG